AUGUUAGUUCAAAAUUUUCUUCAUUUUCCCUGUUCGUUUUCGCAAUUGAAUGUGGCUACGCGGUGUCCGAUUGCCUAUCGUCUUGGGUAUAAUCCAAGGUUAAAAGACGGAGAGAUCCGGUUUACUCAGCCGUUUGAUCUUAAAGCUCAAGAUUUAGGCGAACAGUUGAAAGAAUUGAUGGCUCAAAUUGAAAUGACACACCGAGAUACAGGCGGAUUCCGGUUGGAACUGUACAUUAUCGAAAUCGACGGUAAUGAAUAUACGGACUUCGAAAUUUUAGAUGCACAAUGUCAUAGACACUGA